GCCCCGCCCCUUAUGUGACGUCACACCAUGGCGCACUCAGAUGGGAAGUAGUAACCCUCGGUGAAGUUGUCACUGAAAUCUAACAGAAAAUGGCAACUUUAGUGACCCAUUGUGCAUUCUCACCAAGUCGGAGAAAUAUUUUGCUUACGUUGGUUUCCAUUUUAAUAUCCAUUCCGCCGCUUAAUGCCGUAUUAGAGCAGGGGAAAUGGACUCUCAAUGUGGACAGCGAAAUGAUAAAGAAAGAAAACUACUUCUCUUUCUCAAAGACAAUGUUUAAUAACUCUCUGGUUGAAAUCAAAUGGCUCAGAGAAGAAUGCAGUCCUUCUGUAAACCUGACUAUAUCGUGGUAUCUACGCAGCUGCCGGUGCUUUGAAGAAGCAUUUGAUCUCGAUCCUCAAAGGGCGCAAACGCACUUCGGCAGCAACGUAGUGUCUAAGAUUGGUGAUAGCGGUUACUAUAUCACUCAUGUUUAUGAGCCAAUUGAGUGCCACCAACACAUGUCCAGAAAUGUGUUGGCAGUGUCAGUACUCGAUAAGCCGACACUUAUGAAAACUCCACAACUGGAAGCACCCAAUACACCAGAAAGGAGGAGGAGAGACACAGAGAGCCCUACACACGACACAGUGGCACAGACAUGGGAGGACAGCCCUUACAUGUUCAUUAUCCACAUUGCAAAUCCAGGCACAGAGACAAAAUGGAGCAUUAAGUUGGAAGUCAGCAUGCGGGGGCCUCAUCAGUAUAUCUCAGCCUCGGAGUGGCCUCUGAUGAUUUUCUACAUGGUGAUGUGUAUCAUUUACGUGCUGUUGGGCGUGCUAUGGCUUGCGCUCUCCGCCUGCUACUGGAGAGACCUGUUGCGGAUCCAGUUCUGGAUAGGAGGCGUUAUUUUCCUGGGCAUGCUAGAGAAGGCCGUUUACUAUGCAGAGUUUCAGAGCAUCCGCUAUGAUGGCCUUUCAGUCCAGGGUGCGGUGGUGUUUGCUGAGGUAUUAUCUGCCGUGAAGAGAACUCUGGCUCGAGUGCUUGUCAUAAUUGCCAGCCUGGGUUAUGGUAUUGUCAAACCAAGGCUUGGAGCAUUGCUGCACAGGGUGGUGGGAGUAGGACUGCUCUAUCUCGGCUUCUCCGUUGUCGAGGGGGUUCUCAGGGUCAACUCGGAGCAAGGGAGCUCCAGCAGAAUACUGUGUGACAUUGUUCUGGCUGUCACUGACUCUUGCAUAGUGUGUUACAUAUUCGUAAGCUUGGCACAGACCAUGAAACUUUUGCGGCUUAGGAGAAAUGUGGUUAAGCUCUCCCUUUACCGUCAUUUCACCAACACCCUCAUCUUUGCAGUCAUAGCUUCAGUCAUUUUCAUCGUAUGGACAACAAAGACCUUCAAGUUAUCAAAAUGCCAGUCUGACUGGAGGGAGAUGUGGAUAGAUGAUGCAUUCUGGCGUUUUCUCUUCUCUACUAUCUUGCUUGUCAUCAUGUUCCUGUGGAGGCCAUCUGCCAAUAAUCAGAGGUAUGCUUUUAGCCCACUGGUGGAUGAGGUUAGUGAUGAGGAGGAGGCAGAGCAACUAGUGAACGAAGCCUUUGAGGGUGUGAAAAUGAGAGGUAUUAAAUCAGAGACCAAUGGAAGUGUGAAGCCUAGUAAAGUGGAUGAAGAUCUGAAAUGGGUUGAGGAAAACAUCCCCUCUUCAAUGGCUGAUGUUGCACUGCCUCCUCUGUUGGACUCAGAUGAGGAAAUCAUGACCACAAAAUUUGAGAUGUCAAAAAUGGAAUAGAAGUAUGCCGUGUGUAUGUAUUGUAAAUAUUGAGUGUCUGUGACUGUAAACGCUUAUUUUAUCUUGAAUUAUAAGUGAUGUAUGUAAAUAUGUGGGAUGUGAAUAAUGAAGGUUCCAAACUGAUAGUUAUUAUUUUGCCUGUAUUGCCUGUUUGUAUUUAUAUUUUCAUUGAAAAGGUGUUGGCUUCUUAAACCCAAACUGUAAUCAUAUUUGACAUUUGUUUACAUAUCUGAAAUACAAAAUGUGAUUAAAACCCACUACUUUAUA